AUGGCGUUAAGGCUUACUACACAGCAAUUCUCCAAGGGAUUGUCAAGGAGAGCGGCAGCUCCUCUUGGCCUCUCGCAGCUCGCCAACCACGCCAGACAUCUGGCCACGCCGGUGCAUCCUGUGACGCAAGAUGCAACUGGCUCCAAGGGACCAACAGCCAUGGUCUUUCUCAACAUGGGCGGACCGUCGACGCUGAACGAGGUUGGAGACUUUUUAAGUCGACUUUUUGCUGAUGGGGACCUGAUUCCCUUGGGCAGACUUCAAUCAUACAUCGGGCCAUUGAUCUCGGCACGAAGGACACCAAAGAUCCAAAAGCAGUACGACGCCAUCGGAGGCGGCUCCCCGAUUCGAAAAUGGUCAGAAUACCAGAGCGAGGAAAUGUGCAAGAUCCUGGACAAGAUCUGUCCCGAGACGGCGCCGCACAAGCCGUACGUCGCUUUCCGCUAUGCGGACCCAUUGACCGAGGAGAUGUAUCACAAGCUGUUGGCCGACGGCUUUGGAAACGGAAAAGGUGGCAGAGCGGUCGCAUUCACCCAAUAUCCGCAGUACUCUUGUUCCACAACUGGUAGCAGCCUUAACGAGCUAUGGAAGUGGCGGCAUAGAUUGGAGGGCAAGAAGGCGUCGGAAACUGGCAAUGGUACCAUUACUUGGAGCGUUAUUGACCGAUGGCCCACUCAUCCCGGCCUUGUGGAAGCUUUUGCUCAGAACAUUGAGGCAAAGCUAGCCGAAUACCCCGAGGAGCGGAGGCGCAAUGCUGUUCUCCUCUUUUCAGCACACAGUUUGCCCAUGGAUGUUGUCAACAGAGGCGAUCCGUACCCGGGCGAAGUUGCUGCCACCGUUCAAGCCGUGAUGCAGCGGCUCAAGUUUUCUAACCCUUACAGAUUAUGCUGGCAGUCGCAAGUCGGUCCGAAGGCUUGGCUGGGACCUCAGACUUCUCACACAGUGGAGAAUUAUAUCGAAAAGGGCCAAAAAGACCUGGUUCUUAUCCCAAUCGCAUUCACCUCUGAUCACAUUGAAACGCUGUACGAGCUCGACAUUGAGGUCAUUGGUGAGAGUGGGCACACGGAUACUGUCAAGCGGGUGGACAGCCUGAACGGCAGCCCCGUCUUCAUCCAGGCGCUCGCCGACCUCGCAAAGUCUCACCUUCUUUCCGGCCAGGCGUGCUCCCAGCAAAUGGGCCUGCGGUGUCCCGCAUGCAAGAGUGAGAGAUGUGCCGAAUCUAAGAAAUUCUUUGCCAGCCAGCAAGCUGCUGUUUCAGCCGCUUCAGCUUAA